AUGUCAAACUUCAACAACACGUCCGCUCCCGUCCCCGGCGCCACCGGCUACAACGACCCCGCCGGCACCCACGGACCUCACCACUCCCGCAUCGGCAACGCCAUCGAUCCCCGCGUCGACUCGGACCGCGACGGUCGCGCCGCCACCAACUCUUCCGUGCCCGCGACCGGCUACGAGAACCAGAAUUCGCGAUAUGAGAACCAGCCCGUUGGCAACCGUGGCGUGACGGGCUACGAUGAUCCCACUGGCACUCAUGGACCCCAUGCCACGAGGGCUGGCAACGUCGCGGAUCCGCGCAUCGAUUCUGACCGCGACGGUCGCGCGACAGCCGACACAUCUAUUCCUGCGACGGGAAUCAGGGGCCCGAACACACAGAGUGUGUCGGGGGGGGACCACUACGACGCAUGGACCGGCCGCAUCAGCCAUGGCCCGACGAGCGCUGCCGCUGGCACCACUGCGGGAACCACUGCCGGCACGCACGCCACGGUGGACGACGGCCACAAGCAGGGGGGUCUCAAGGAGAGCGUCAAGGGUGUGAUUGCCCAAGGUCACGGCAUGGGCGAAUCGGUCCGCGGCCAUUUUAAUGCUGGUGUCGAUGGACUGCUUGGCGACAAGGAGGGCCAACGCAAGGAUGCUGCCGUUGCGGCCGGCGGCGAGCGCGAGUUUGCGCGCAAAGACUUCGAGCACAAGGGAACGAUGGAUAAGUCGCUGGGACCCGGACCAAACCACUGA